CUGGGGGAGAAAAGGGGAGAACACGAGGGGGGGAACCCAAAAAAAGACAAAACCAGAAAACGUUCUUAUAAAGAGGAUAAAGGACUAAGAGAGAUAUCCUACUUUCCUUCAGGGCGGACGAAGACGGAGCUGCUAUGAUUCUUUCCCUGGCUGCCGCAGCAGCCAUGAGUAGCAGCUUUAACUCCUCCUCGUCCCUCGAUGCCUUUGACUCCUCCACCUCCUGGAGCCUAGGUGAGGACCCCACCAACUCUUCUUCUGAACCUGUUGUGCGAACUCUGACCCCUGACCUCCAGCCAGCAACUACUGCUGUUGCCAUCCAGGAAGUCAGCCCCUGGGAUAUCGCGCUUUGCGUAACAGGGACGCUCAUCUCCUGUGAGAAUGCCCUGGUUAUUGCCGUGUUGUUCUACACACCGACCCUUCGAGCCCCGAUGUUCAUCUUGAUCGGAUCGCUGGCUGUGGCGGAUCUUUUGGCCGGCCUGGGCCUCAUCUUGAACUUUGUUUUUACCUAUUUGAUUGACAGCUCAGUGGAGUUUGUGACGUUGCUGUCAGUUGCAGUGCUCAUCUCGGCCUUUUCGGCAUCUGUCCUCAACAUCCUUGCCAUCACAGUCGACAGAUACCUGUCACUGUACAAUGCUCUGACCUACCAUACUGAACGGACGGUCACCUUCACCUACGUGAUGGUGGUCUUCAUCUGGGUGUCGUGCCUCACGCUUGGCCUUCUGCCGGCACUUGGCUGGAACUGCUUGAAAGAUGAGUCCACAUGCAGUAUCUGCCGACCCGUCACCAAAAACAAUGCUGUGGCACUCGCCGUCACCUUCCUCCUGGUCUUUGCGUUGAUGAUGCAGCUCUACCUUCAAAUCUGCAAGAUUGCAUUCCGCCAUGCACAGCAGAUUGCAGUACAACACCAGUUUGUGGCCAUCUCCACCACCAAAGGGGUCUCCACACUGUCAGCCAUCUUGUGUGCCUUUGGGGCGUGUUGGCUGCCAUUCGCCAUGUACUCCAUCGUGGCUGACUCCAGCUACCCUGUAAUAUACACUUACGCCACUGUCCUCCCAGCCACUUGCUGCUCUGUGAUCAACCCCAUCAUCUAUGCGUUCCGAAACCCGGACAUCCAGAAGUCGCUGUGGAUGGCGUGUUGUGGUUGCGUCCCAUCCAACCUCUCACUAAGACCCAGAACCUCCAGUGAUGUGUAGCACGGAAGGAUCAUAACCAACUGAAACAGACCAUAAGUCAACCAACUCUCACUGUAACCACAAAACACUCUGGACGGUUUCAUCAGCCGCUAUACAGGACUACAGUUCAGUUUUUUUUUUUAAAGAAAUACUGUACAAGUGAGUGUGUGUUAUUUUUCUUAUGCAAGGCUGUAUAGAAAUGUAUAUUUUUGUAAUGUUCAUCAUCAGGGCAUGAGUUACAGGAUGUGGUUGCUGCUGUGAGCGUGUGCGUUUCUCACCUCUUCUGUGAUCUUCCUGAAAUGUUUCAAAAGUUUAUUUGGGGGUGGGACAAACUGAUGCGUGUUGCUAAAAAAGUGCCAUAUUUUUUGACUUUCUAGUGUCUUACUUUUUGGUUUGUGUACAUACACCUUUCUAUCAUCUUAAGGCAUCAUACAGCUUGCUGGUUAAUCUAAACCGGAGCAACAAAAACAGCUCGAUACGCAGCAGCGAUGAGCAAAACAAGAUAAGGGAAGUAAGGAAGGUUGUGGUGGAAAAGGACUCCGCUUUGAUGCUAUUGAUCACCACAAUAAGCAAACAGAAAAGUGACACUCAAAACCAAAUUUUCCUUCAUUUUUUAUUGUGGUUUGCUGUAACUGCAGACUUUCAUUUACAGCUUGCUGUAAUCUGAACAUACUGUCCAUAAGAAACGUGCUGGAGGACAGGGAGACAGACAUGGAGACGGAGCCUGAGCAGCACCGUACGUCACAGACUCGGGUUUCCGGUGACGUCAUUUUGUCUGAGUCGUGUCUAUGAGAGCAGGUCAUUUCAAAGAC